AUGUCGCAAGCUGAUCACCACAGUUGCCAGAAUUCAAGAAGCGUCUAUCGUCAAUCCUGUCUUCGUCAGAUAUUCGUCCUACGAACGCCUACUUCACAUAACCGCCUACAUUAUUCGGUUUCUCGCCAACGUUCGUUGCAAAGCUCGCUCGCAACCACUUCCUUCCACUGGUUCGCCUCCCGGUAUCGCACUGUCCGUCGACCAUCUCAUCAACGGCUUUUAAUCCAACUUGCCCAAGCCGACGCAUUCCGUGAAGAGGUCCGUGAUCUGCACGUCGAUAAGGCUGUCGGAAAGCGAUCUUCCACCCGUCUGCUGGCUCCAUUCCUCGACUCUGAGGGAAUCAUUCGCGUAGGGGGGAGCCUCAGACUUUCAGACCAGCCUUUUCUAGCCAAACACCCCGCUCUACUGCCGAGUAACCAUCCUCUGGCCCGCUUGAUUGCCAAAUCCUACCAUCUGGCACUUAUUCACGGUGGUGGCCGCCUAACUCUCGCGGCCAUGCGGGAAAAAUUCUGGCCCAUACACGGACGACUCGUCCGCAGUGUUCUCCGCAGCUGCUACCGAUGCGCCCGAGCCAAUUUUGUCCCUACGAGCCAACAUAUCGGACAGCUGCCACUUCAUCGAAUCACGCCUGGUCGACCGUUCGUCGUUACUGGGAUGGAUUACGCCGGGCCGGUUUACUUGAAACCGGUGCACAAGCGAGCCGUCGCAAUGAAGGCGUACAUCUGCAUCUUCAUAUGCUUCUGCACCAAGGCGGUGCAUAUCGAGUUGGUAAGCGACUUAUCCACUCAAGCGUUCUUGUCAGCACGCCGCCGGUUCAUCGCACGUCGCGGACGACCGACCGAUCUCUACUUCGAUAAUGGAAAAAACUUCCAAGGCGCUGCCAACGAGCUGGAAGAUGUGUACCGGAUGCUGGAGAAUGAAGACCGCCGAAACGAAGUCACAUCCAACCGUUCUAGCGAACGGAUCACCUGGCACUUCACUCCGCCGAAGGCCCCGCACUUUGGAGGGUUAUGGGAAGCGGCGGUGAAGGUUGCCAAGGCUCAGCUUUACCGACAGCUCAGUGCGACAAGACUGUCAUUCGAAGACCUUUCAACAAUUUUGGCGCAAAUCGAGGCAAGCAUGAACUCGCGACCUCUAGUGCCCUUAAGCGAGGACCCCAAUGACAUCGUGGAGCUUACACUGGCGCAUUUUCUGAUAGGCAGCACCAUGCAUGCAAUGCCAGCAUCUGAUUUUCAUCAGACACCCCUUAACCGUCUCGUCGAUUACUACUAG